CAAUGUUUCCUAUAGCCAUGGCAGUUGUAGAGACUGAAAGUUAUGCCAGCUGGAGUUGGUUCUUGCUCCUGUUAAUUGAAGACCUUGAACUCAGGGAUGGCUAUGGAAUUACUUUAAUAUCAGACCAACAGAAGGGUUUGGACAAAGCAGUUAAGGAAUUUCUACCCCACGUGGAGCAUAGAAAUUGUACCAGACACAUAUACUCUAACUUGAAGAAGAAAUAUGGGAGUGAAUCUGUGAAGACUGCCUUUUGGAUGGCCGCAACAGCUACACAUCCGGAAGCAUUUAGGACUGCAAUGAAAGAUAUUCAAAGAAUUUCUAAGGGAGCAGCAGAAAAAUUGAUGGAGUUUGAACCCAAAGUAUGGUCUAAAGCAUACUUUGAAACACACUCCAAGUCGGAUAGCACAGAAAAUAAUAUCUCAGAAUGCUUCAAUGCAUGGAUUCUCAAGUCCAGGUACAUGCCUAUCAUAGAUAUGCUUACGGAUAUCCAUGAUUUGUUAAUGGAGAGACUUCAUAAAAAAAGAGAUGCAAUGCUUACGAAAGAUUGUAUAGUGGUUCCAAGAAUUAAAAAAGUGUUGGAUGAAGCAGUCAAAGAAAGUAAUGAAUGUAGUGUUCUUUGGGACGGUAAGGAAAAUUUUCAAGUCAAAUGGAGAGGAAUAGGGUAUUGUGUGAAUCUGAGGGAGGGUACAUGUUCAUGUAGGGUGUGGGAGCUUUCCGGUAUACCUUGCUCUCAUGCCAUUUGUGCAAUACAUAAGAUGCGAAAAAAUCCAGUAGACUAUGUGAGUCACUGGUUUAAGAAGGACACUUAUAUGAAAACUUAUUCACACUGUUUAGAAGUUCUUAGGGGUGAACCCUUUUGGGAAGACACACUUGGAGAUGAGAUACUUCCACCACCUAUUGUAAAACAGCUUAGGGGGAGGCCUAAAAGGCAAAGAAGGAGGGAAGGGGGUGGGAGGGAAGAGGGGGGAAAGUGACUAAAGGAAGCUAUACUAGACUCACCAAGAUAUGAAGAGUAAUGCAUUGUGGCAUCUGUAGACAGAGAGGCCAUAAAAGAGGGGCGUGUCCUAAUAAGCCGGUUGAUUAUAUUGAAAAACUAACAAAUAAAAUGGCUCCAAAAAGAAAGACAUUCAACACAAAGGAGGCUGAAUUAGUUGAAGAAAUGGAGAGGGCUCAACAAGAGGUUGAGACUGGUGAAAAACAAUUAAUGGAGGAGCUCUUAUUUAAUGAGACUAGCAUGAUUGCUCCAUCACCUACUGCACUUGUUUUUAUGCCCACACCUAAUCUUAGCACUACACAUGGACUUGGUGGAACUCCACCACCUUCAAUGCCACUAUCACAUGCUGAUGGGACCAGUCGAGCAAUAAGAAAAAAGCUUCCAGUCAAAAGGGCCAGACAAUGAAGCCAUUCACAGCACCAAGACCCAAAAGAAGUGAAAAAAAUGCUAUUGAACUUUUAUUUAAUAUUGAUGCUGGUGUUUUUAAUUGUAAUGUUCAUGCUAGGCCAAGAUAGUGGGGACCUAAUGUUUUAUGGCUUUAAGUAUUUUGGUUGUAACUACACAGCAUGAUCUUUAUAAUCUAUGAAAUGUUAUCUUUUGGUCGUUAUUUUUUUA